CGCACGCGUAACGCGACCUAUGUCUUACGCAGUCGAUUUUAAACGGAUGAAAAAUAUUUAUCUAUCCGCAACGCGAUUGACUUCCGGGGCGAACCGAAUAACGCUAUCGCACCCCGUAAACACUUGGUGUUCAAAAAUUAUGUACCGUUGCUAAAUUACGCGGGUCUUGUUUGGGAAACAAUUUCGCCGUCGUGUAUUCCUUCGAUACUUACUUUCAUUUGUUUGCGCAUUAUCGAUUCACGUUUCACACAUCAUACGGUUAAUUAUUAAGAUCAACAUGUUACGGCGAAAUAAAAUGUUUUUUCAGGUAACCGAGAAGUGAAAAUAAUUUACGUAUCCAGCCAAGAGCAAACAACAAACGUGACCCGUGGAAUUUGAUUUUCGAAAAUGUCAUUAUCAUUACGUCUUUACAAAGUACGUUUCCUCGAAAGUGUUUUUGGCAGUACGCUAAUCAGAUUUACACGAUGCGAUGACGGCGGACGAGUUGAACUAUUAUUUCGGCGUAUCUGAUCCGGCCGACGUACCCGAAUACGAUGUGGUCACUUUGUCGGAUCCCGCGGAUCAACCGGAAUGCAAGUUUUUCGCGUUCGGCAGACUGGUACGUCUGUUUUUGGAACCGAACGACCGUUUGAUCAGCGACGACUUUGUGUGGCAAGUACGAGACGACUCGCAGUCAUCAGCAACGGUCAAACGGAAAUCGCCGAGACGGUGUCAUUACAUGCACCGGACACGUAACGAAGACCGCGGAGGCGACGUCACCGCUGCGUUCACCUACUGUCUGGGGAGCUCAAAAAGCGGCAUCGUUUUUUUAUCGGACGUCACGUACGAGCUACAAUCCAUAAAUCCCGGAUUGUGUCGAUAUCGGUGCGAUAAUAACAGCGAGAAUGCAUUCGUUUUGAAACGAGCCCUGACGAUAAAUCACACGUGGACCGACGGAUUCGACGUAUUGCGACAACCUGGCGAAAACUAUGCUUUCACGUCACCAGACAUUUUUGUAACCGAGGACACGCGGGCGCAAAGUGACGACGAUACCACGGUACCGGUGUUGGAGACAGCACUGUAUUUCGACGAACCGGCGUACAGAAAGUUUUCCGAAUACUUUCGCCACGAUGACGAGCAUUUGGCUGACAUGAUUUUAGCAUACGUAAACGCGGUACAAGUCCUUUAUCAUCAUCCAAGUCUAGGAAAAAGAGUGGAAAUCGUUUUGGUCAAACUUGAAAUGUUCAAAAAGCAACCAGUUGACCUGCCCCAUUACAACGGAGAAAGAAAUUUGUUAUUGGAUUCGUUUUGUGCGUUCAACAAAAAAUACAGGGAAAAAGAACAAUGGGACAUAGGACUUUACAUUUCAGGCUUGGACUUUUAUGCUAUGGAAAAUGGACAUUGGAGUGGUUCCACAAUGGGUCUCGCGACCGUGGGCGGCGUGUGCUCCGAGAAGUACUCGUGUAUCAUAGCCGAGUUCGGUUCCACGGACCCGCUCGGAAAACCGUACCCUUCGGCCGGCUUCACGUCCGUGUACAUCUUAGCCCACGAGAUAGGUCACAGUUUAGGUAUGCAUCACGACGGUAGUUCAAACAGUUGCCCGAAAGAAGGAUUCAUCAUGUCACCUUCAAGAGGUAUCACUGGAGAAUUGUCAUGGUCGGAAUGUAGUGCUCGCGUCGCAGUCAAUCUUAACAAUCUCGAAUGCCUCUUCAAGUCUGCUCGCCGUUCGGCUGCAGUUCAAAAGUUUGAUCACAAUAAGUUCGCCGACAAGCCUGGCCAAGCGUGGGAUGCAAAAAAACAAUGCGAACUGCUGUUAUUAGACAACGAUGCCAAAGCAAUGGGUACCGAAACGAAUGAUUUGGACCCGUCGCAGCAGUUAGAAAGUAUUUGCGAAAGUUUACAAUGUGAAACGCCGAACCGACCUGGAUAUUACUUCGCUGGACCAGCGUUAGAAGGAACUACAUGCGGACCCAAUUUGUGGUGCGAAGCGGGAAAAUGCGUUAAAGGCAAACCGAAAAAACCCCAAAAGAUCAUAAAAGGUGGAUGGAGUCAGUGGAAGGUGCACGAGUGUACAUCGGGGUGUAUACAUAAGUCAAAAGGUUUCAGAUUAAGGACGAGAACGUGUAACAAUCCAAAACCGAUAAACACGAACGAAGGAUGUGAAGGGCCUAAACACGAUUCCGUGCUUUGCAAAGAUGAUAAGACGUGCCAGAAGUCCAAAAAGAUAAUGGUGACGGAGUACGCGACGGCCAAGUGCAGAGAAUUGGGCAGCAUAUUGCCGGUGUUGGACAAUGAAUACUCCGGUCUGCAGGCACCGCACGAAGAAGCUCGCCCGUGGAUGGGAUGUUCGGUGUUCUGCCGGCGCAAAGACACCGGGUCGUUUUACGCGCCCAGACUGGACGUUUCGAACCUGCCAGUGGAUCCGUAUUUUCCGGACGGUACCUGGUGCCAUUCCGCGGACAACGGCAACUAUUACUGUUUGAAUCACGUCUGCACGCCCGAGAACGACCUGAAACGAUCAAGCAAGAGUUUGACAGAUUCCAACGACGAUCUACCGCUGAUGAUUAACCAGAACGCUAGGCCGCCGGGGCCGUACGCCGUGCCGGAAGUGUUGCUGCGGUACUUCAGCGUGGGUUCGGACGGCACUCCGUUGCUGACCACCAUCACGCCGGACAUGGUGGACCGGACCGAUUACGGGGAUUGGUCGAGCGAGGACUACGUGGACGUGCCCGAGCUACGGCCCCAGGACGUCGAUCAGUUCAUGUGACGCGGCGAUCGGAUUUCCGAAAACGAACGCAAAAAGGCGACCGAUUUUUCGGAUUUUGUAUAAUAAUAUAUCGAAUUUUAUAUCGUGCACGUUACAAUAAACGAUAGCGUUUUGUCUCUGCAAACCGCGUUCGGCGG